AUUUAUAUAUCACUCGAAAGCAAAUAUGCAAUGAAUCCUUGCUUAUAACUAACAAUAAAAACUUAACGGUCAAUUAAUUAAUGUCUAUGAAACCAGAAAAGACGGGUUCUCCGGCGAGUGUAGAUAAGGCGGAGGACUAUUAUCCGGUGGUGGUGGCGCUCUUGAGGCUGCUGCUGUUUGUCUCGUUGGCGGUGGCGGUAAUGGUUAUGGUGAGUAGCAAGCAAACUUACGUUGUUGUGCCCUUCGAGGCAACCCUUGCGGCAAAGUUCAGCUACUCCCCAGCUUUCAUAUACUUUGUAGCAGCUCUAUCUGUGGCUGGCUUCUACAGCAUCAUCUCCACUGUACUUUCAUUCUAUAACCUUAUUGUUAAGCCUGCUUCCUGCCCAAUGCUAAUGUCCCAUUUUGUUAUCCUGGAUGUGCUGAUGCUGGGGAUAGUGGCUUCAGCAACAGGA